AGGAGGGACGGUAUUUCUAAGCAGGGAUGGGGAAGGCCUUUUGGCCAAGGCAUGGAUGGCAAGCCCACAGCAGGGACGGACCAGGACCUUGUCAGGAGUUAUCACCAUCACCCUUACUGACAGCCAGUUGACCCCAGCUCUGACUAAAUACCUCAGUGUGGCCAGCUGACACCAAAGAGCAGAAAUGAGCUGUCCAAGUUCAGUCCAGCCCAGAGGAUUUUGAGCAAAAGAUUCCGUGUUUGAAGAGCUGGGAUUCAGGGCAUUUGUUAUGCAGGAAUAGAUUGCUGGUACACCCAAUUAUGUUAGAGCUGCAAGAAAACCCGGGCUCCCAGUCCUCCUUACAUUCUAGACAUGCACUUUCUUUUCUAUGGUCCCUUCUUGAUCUCCUCCACCUCCAACUCCUUAAACUCUUCUACUGUGUCCUCUGACUCAAUAGAAUAUUAGCAAAAUAGAGUGGUCGUCACCACUCUCCGAACUUCAUCAUGCCGCCCAAGGAUGACAAGAAGAAAUAUGCUGGAAAGUCAGCCAAAAAAGACAAAGACCCAGUAAAUAAGUCCGGUGGCAAGGCCAAAAAGAAGUGGUCCAAAGGCAAAGUUAGGGACAAGCUCAACAAUCUAGUCCUGUUUGACAAGGCUACAUACGACAAACUCUGUAAGGAAGUUCCCAACUAUAAACUUAUUACUCCAGCCGUGGUAUCUGAGAGACUGAAGAUUCGCGGUUCCUUGGCCAGGGCAGCUCUUCAGGAGCUCCUUAGUAAAGGGCUUAUCAAGCUGGUUUCAAAGCACAGAGCCCAAGUAAUUUAUACCAGAAACACAAAGGGUGGAGAUGCCCCAGCUGCUGGUGAAGAUGCAUGAACAGGUUCAAUCAGCUGUACAUUUGGGAAAAUAAAACUUUAUUAAAUCAAAAAAAAUAUUAGCAAAAUAUUAUGUCUUCAGCCUCCCACAGAAGAUAACACAGCCUUACAUGUGAGUUGGUUUUCCUCUUUGCCCAUCACACACUGGGUAAUGUGUGGGAUGUAUGCCCCCCUCAACCCCAGCUGCCACUUCCAGACCCAUCUCCUUCCCUUUUUCCUAAAAGCUGCACUAUGGGGCAAGUCUGAAGGCCAAGGUUAGGGUCAAAAGAGACAGUGGCAAUUCUAUGAGCCUCCACCCUUAUUUGGCCCUCUGUAGAGGCAGCUGACUGAUGGAGAUAGCUGACCGAUCUUCUGAGACAGAAAGUGAGAGGGCCCUCAGGGCUGCAGGAUUUGGGGCGUAGGUAUCCAUAUGAUUGACUCUGUGUUAUAGGCAGUCAGUGCAGUAAGAGUUUAACGUGUAUAAUGCAGAAGUCAGGUGUGGGUGGGGGAGGGCAAACAGGAAAUACUCAGGGAGUCUGUGUAAAGAAUGAGAAAUGGGUACUUUCUGUCUUUGUUUAUUUUGCCCCGCUGGUUUGGGCAGUACUAGGGAUUGAAGCCAGGACCUCAUGCAUGGCAGGAAAAUACUCUACCCCUGAGCUAUACAUAGCUCCUGUCCCAUUUUCAGGUUCUGAAGGCAGAAUAGUGCCUUGGCUGAAGCUAUGAGUAUAGAAGUGUCAGAGACGUAAUAGUGUAAGCUGAG